AAACACAAACUUCUCAGAAUGUUUGACCCUAGACACCUUAAAAGUGCCAAGUUACUUUUAUCCUCUCUGUUCAUAUUCUCUGCCAUAAUUUUUGUUAUCCAUGCAUAUAGUAUCAUCUACCAUGAUUUCCUACACUCUGCUACAUAUAAAGAACCUUCAGAGAAUUUGCAAGCUCAUAGUCACAGAUUCAAAGAGCAAAUAAGAUCAACACUUUCUAAUCUGCCUUUACACUCCAUUCAAGAAGAGAAUGAUAGAAUUCAAUCUGGAAAUCAGAAUGACUUGGUUGCUCCACUCGGUGUGACAGAAUUAGAGAGAAUAGCUUGGUUUCGGAAAAACCUGCACAAGUUUGAUAUUCUCAAGUCAAACAACUCGACCCGAAGAUUUCACAGCAGAGUUCUAGAAUUCUUCAGCCGUGAAUGCGAGGCUCAGUUUUUCAUGACUUGGAUUUCGCCGGCAGGCUCGUUUGGUGUAAGAGAAUUGAUGUCCGUGGAAAGUGUUUUUAAGGUUCAUCCCGGCGCAUGCCUUGUAAUUCUGUCGAGAACUUUGGAGACCACGCACGGCUACACAGUGCUGAAACCGUUGCUUGACAGUAGGUUCAAGGUUCAGGUCGUGACCCCAGACUUGCCUUUUCUGUUCAAAGGGACACCGGCCGAAGCUUGGUUUCGUGAGUUAAUAAAAGGAGCACAAAGCAUGGAUUUAAGAUCUAAGCAUUGGACUAGAUUAAAUAAUGCUGUUCUGAUUUUCGAUAUGAAACAUCCACUUCUUCACGAAUUCAUUAGUGAAUUUGCAUUGACUUUUGAUGGAAACAAAUGGGGGCAUAAUGGUCCAUACCUGGUUUCUAGAGUGAUCAAGAGGCUGCUGAAAAGACCUGGUUUCAUAUUUAAGAUCUUGCCACCUAUGGCUUUCUAUCCAGCUGAUUGGAAUAAGAUAAGGGGGUUUCUCAGGAAGCCGAAAACUCAAACUGAAUCGAAAUGGGUAGAAGCCAAAGUGCUUCAGCUCCGUGCGGAGACUUAUGGGAUUCAUCUAUGGAACAAGCAAAGCAGAAGAUUGACAAUAGAAGAUGGAAGUGUCAUAGGAAAACUUGCAUUAAAUCAUUGUAUCAUUUGCAACCAUAUAUUUAGUUCUUAGAUAACAGUUCUUGAAAAAAGAAAAAAAUGGUGGAGAAGGAAUUCUAUUGUGAAUACCAGUUUUUCAUUAUUUCCCUAUCUAUAGGAAACACUAUGAUACGAUUGUAAAAGAAAUGCAGUUAUGGUUAUACAAAGCAAAAGGUAUUCUCUAGCAAUACAAGUCUAAACCAUAGUCUGAAUCUAAACCUUUCACAUCUUUACAAACCAAAUCCUUCUCUAUCAAUCCGAGCUAAUUGGCUGACCAAUAUAGUUUGAUUAAUUCCAGGGAUUCUAGGAUUAAGGUCUGUAAUAACUCUCACAAUCCGACAGAUAUGAUAUUAAUUAUACACGAGUCACUAUAAAAUACAGGUGCUAGACUAGUAUGCUCCAUUUCAAGUAAUCUCCACCGGGAUAUGCUUCCCCCUUUCAUACGCUACACCAAAUUUCUAUGUUCAUGAGCUAGGAGGUUUUUCUAGAAAAAAG